GAAAGAAACCUUUGAUCACAGAGAAACUUUUCUGGUUAAAUAAACUUGGGGAAUGGGUACCAAAAACUGGUAUUUAAUCAGUCCCGGGGCUAAAUUAUGAAAGUAGGACAGUAGUAUCGAUAAGCUCUGACAUUAAUAUUUCUGCUGUCUGUGCUCUAGAAAUUAAGAAAACACACAUUCAUCCAACUCACACUGAAGAUGGCUGAUCCAUUUUGUCUGUCUUAUUUCUUCAGAUAUAUUAAACAGCUGAAAGAGGAGCAUAAACAUCGGGCCACAACAAUGGGCCACAAACUAGUGGACCUUUCCCAUUUUUUUAAUUGGGUCAAGGAGGCAGGCCCCGAUGGGCUGAGAGUGUCCAGGAAAGCCCUUAAACGGGCUAUUCUAAUAAUAAAAAUAUGCUCCAAAGAGGAGAUGAAGCACAAGCAGGCCUGGCAGCAGGAGGUGCAGAUGUCAAAAUCUGAAAACCUUUUGGAUCCGGCUGCCCAUGCAGAGUUUGUAAGGGCCGCUUCGGAGGUGCUUCCCAAAGUAUUGCAAAAACUACAUCAUGAUCAGAGGCAGCUGGACCUGUUCUGUGGUCUUCUCGGUGGGGUCAUGAUUGCCACCUCUGGCCACAGGCCAUGUGUAAUCAUGAACCUCACCGUAGAGGAAUUUCAUUCCUCCAAGGAAGGCAGGGAUGGCCAUGACAUUUUUGUCAAAAAACACAAAACGAGUGCAACAUUCGGCCAUGUGAUACUCUCCAUUACAAAGGGGAGGUGGGGUGUACAAGGGCCUCCUCAAGGCUUUCAUGGGUGUAUGGGAGCAUUUGGGCCUUCCAAAACAAGCGCCAACAUUUAUGGCUUUGAGGACUUCAAUGUCGACACAGUUAAACCUUACUCGUGGGUCAACAAUUCACACACUCCGGUUAAACCUUACUCCUGGGUCAACGAUUCACACACCCCGGUUAAACCUUACUCCUGGGUCAACGAUUCACACACUCCAGUUAAACCUUACUCCUGGGUCAACGAUUCACACACUCCAGGUAAACCUUACUCCUGGGGCAUCAAUUAA